CAUUGUCGGCAGGGAGGACAACGGAAGCUGCUCAAACUCCCUCUUAUAUAUUAGUAGAAAAUAUACCUUCAUCUUUAUUGCUCGGUGCUCUCACCUGUCCUUUCCCUUCUAUAUUUACCUUCCAUCUUUAAUGCUCAGUGCUCUCACCUGUCCCCUUCCUCCCCUUCUAUAUUUUCAUUAAUUGAUCCCGACCUUCUCCUAAUAAUUACCACUACAUUAUCAAUGCUCGACCCGCCAAAAUUUAGAUCUAUAUCAUUAAAAAUCUCCUUCGGGGCGCACUAGCCAAAAUAACUACGUGCAUGCUUAUAAAUUAAUUGUGGGUCAUUAUGGGUUCGUAUUUGCCUGCUAAUUUAUUUUGUGGACUGAUCAUUCUGGUAGUUUUAUGUGUAAGUUGUCCUUUGGUGAACUGUGGGGCGGAGGAUUUUUUUCAAUCAGAAUGUUUACAGGUACCAACAUCGGAGUUUGUGGGCUCAGUUAAGUCCACCAUUGACACAAUCCGGCAAGUCACUUCCAUAGUGUCGAAAUUCGCCAACUUCUUUAGUGAUUUUCGACUUUUUAAUGCCAUUUCUGAUUGCCUUGAUCUACUGGAGCUCUCAGCAGAUGAACUUACCUGGACUCUCACUGCUUCUCAGAAUCCCAAAGGGAAAAACAACAGCACCGGUAAUCUAAGUGCAGAUUUGAGGAAUUAUUUAAGCGGAGCACUGAUUAAUCAAGACACAUGCAUAGAAGGAUUUGAUGGGACGAACGGGCUUGUUAAGAAUUUGGUUGCGGGAAGUCUCAACCAAGUUACUUUAUUAGUCCGCGACAUUCUUUAUAUGGUCCGUCCCGCCCCUAAGAACGCCCCCCAGGGCCAGGCCAAUGACAGACGUGGGAAUCCGUGGCAGUGGUCCCGUGAAAGGAAACUAACGUCAAACAAACAAGACAGCCACUCAUAUCCCUCCUGGCUUAAACGAAAAUAUCGAAGGUGGUUGUUGCAAGCAGCUCCAACUAAAGGGGUAGUAGCGGACGCUGUGGUAGCCCUUGAUGGGACUGGUAAUUUCACGCGUAUUAAAGAUGCCAUAGAAGCAGCACCACAAUUAAGUACAAAAAAAUUUGUCAUAUAUAUCAAGAGGGGAGUUUAUAAUGAAUAUGUGGAGAUUAGUAAGAAGAAAUGGAACAUAAUGAUGAUUGGUGACGGCAUUGAUGUUACUGUUAUUUCUGGCAAUAGAAGUUUUAUUGAUGGAUGGACCACUUACAGAUCUGCAACCUUUGCUGUGAAAGGCCAAGGAUUCAUUGCACGGGACAUGACAUUUGAGAACACGGCAGGACCCGAAAAACACCAAGCAGUUGCAUUUCGAUCGGACUCUGACUUGUCAGUCUUGUUCAGAUGUGCGGUGAGGGGCUACCAGGACACUCUCUAUGCUCACUCAAUGCGACAAUUCUACAGAGACUGCAUUAUUACUGGCACAGUUGAUUUCAUUUUUGGAGAUAGCACAGCCAUCUUCCAAAACUGUCAAAUAUUGGCGCGAAAAGGACUGCCUCAACAAAAGAACACCAUUACAGCCCAGGGUAGAAAGGAAACUGCAGAGACAACAGGCUUCUCCAUCCAAUUCUCCAACAUAUCAGGUGAACAAGAUCUACUUGCUUCCCUCAACUCAACAUUCACAUAUCUUGGCAGGCCGUGGAAGACUUAUUCACGCACUGUGAUCAUGCAAUCGUAUAUGAGUAGCGUAAUUAGGCCUCAGGGUUGGUUAGAGUGGAACGGCAAUGUAUCACUUGACACAUUGUACUACGCGGAGUAUGAGAAUUACGGCCCUGGUGCGGGCUUCGGCGCCAGAAUCAAAUGGCCUGGUUAUCAUCUGCUCAAUGAUUCAUCACAGGCAAAUAAUUUUACAGUAGCUCAAUUCAUCUUGGGUAACUCAUGGUUGCCUCCUACAGGAAUUAAGUAUACUGCUGGUCUAGCGGUUUAAUUUUAGCUGAGUUACCAAUAUCUAUGUCCUUUUUUCUUUUUUUUUUUUUGUGUUACCACAUCAAUAUAUAUUCAUCUUUUGUUCUUUUUUGGUUACCUGUUGGUUGCAUUGGGCUUGGUGGUUCUGUACUCAACAAGACAAUUUAUACCGAUGUUUCCUUUCUAUUUACUCAUAAUGUACCAUCUUUAUCCAUUUUA